AUGCGCUCCUACGCCAUCGUCGCUCUCUCCGCCCUCGUGGCCUCCGCUGCCGCCCUUGGCAAGGCAGUCGUCAAGAACAACGGCGAAGAUACCAUCUACGUGUGGUCAGUCGGUGCCGAGAUCAGCGAGAAGCAGACCGUGGAGCCUGGCAAAUCCUGGUCCGAGAAGCUCCACACAGACCCCACCACCGGCGGCAUCGCCAUCAAGAUCACUACUAAGGACGAGGGUAUCUUCAACGGCGCACCGCAGCAAAUCUUCGCAUACAACCUCGUCGACGAUGCGGUAUGGUAUGACCUCAGCACCGUGGAUGGAAAUCCCUUCGAGGGCCAGCACAUCACUGUUACCAACCGCCGCAACCCGACCAUUGACUGGCCUGAGGGCACCAACCCCGGCGGCGAGUUCAGCCAGAUCAAGGCUGGCGACAGGGAGAAGGAUGUUAUCUUCCUUGUUGGUGCGGGAGAGUCGUAG